UCAAAUGUCCUCAUACUGUUAACUCUUUCAUCUGAAGUCGUUGUUGAGCCGCGUUUGGCCGUGGCGUCUGCUCCCUGCCAGUAAACUGGAAGGCUGCUCUGUCAGCCCUGCUCUUGUAGCUGACUAGCCCGGGGGGAGGAGUGGGAGAUGCUGCCGGCCGAGAAGAGGAAGGCGGUCUCCGCGCCGCCUUCUCCGCAGAGGGCGAAGGCCGCCCGGACGGACGAGCAGACGAGCCCACUGUCUGACCCCGGCGGGGUGGACCGCCCUGCAGCUGCACGGCAGGUGGCCCCCUGCCACCGGGAGGAUGGAGAGGAGGAGGAGGGGGAGGCUGGCCAGUGUCCCGGAGCUGAGCACCAGCCAGCGGAGCUGACAUCCCCAGAGGACAGUGAAGCCCACAGGCAGGCAGGCACAUCCACCCCUGACAGCUGGGAGGGGACACCUCCUGCAAUCGCAGGUCCCUCCGGGAACGCGGCUUCCCCGAAACUAGAGAGCCAGCUGACUGCCCAGGGCAGCCCUGAGCUGGAUGCGAGUCAGGGGCUGAGAGAAGGACCGCCCACCCCACAGGGAGCUGCUGCCAGCGACAACGAGAAGGACGAAGGCGAGAGGGAGCUGAUCAUCACAAUCGAGGAGGGAGGGAGCGAGAUGAGAAGGCCGAGGAGGAAGAAGGGUGUGAAGCGGGGGAGGAAGACGAAGGAAACCAAGAGCUCGGAGGCGGCUGAUCCCGAGUGUGACAUUCAGCUGGACGACAGCUUUGAACGGGCACUGGAGGAUGGAGCAAAGCAGCACAACCUAACUGCCGUCAAUGUGCGGAACAUCCUGCACGAGGUGAUCACCAAUGAACACGUAGUGGCGAUGAUGAAGGCAGCGAUAAACGACACCGAGCAGCAGCACAUGUUUGAGCCCAAGAUGACUCGCUCCAAGCUGAAGGAGGUUGUGGAGAAGGGAGUGGUUCCUCCGACAUGGAAUAUAUCCCCAAUGAAGAAGGAGAAAGAAUCCAAGGCUCCCCUAUUUAUCGACAUCCCUCUGGAGGAGGAAGACUCGUCUGAUGAAGAAUACAAACCCGAGGAAGAGGAGGAAGAUGAGACCGCGGAAGAGAGCUUCCUGGAGAGCGACAAUGAGAGUGCGAUCUGCUCUCCCUCCACUGGCCGUCGACCGAAGUUGGCCCAGGAUGUGCCCGAGGUCCCGGAGGUGGUUGAGGCUGCCUCUUCGGUUGAGCAGCCACAGGAAGAGGAGAAGGCGGAGGAGAGCAGCCCAGCUGUGAGACACCUCAGUGUGGAGGUGAUGCCCAUGGGGCCGCCCCCGCUGCCGCCCACGGCCAAGCUCGCAGCCAGCAAGGACACCAGCUUCAUGAAGAAGCUUUACACCGUGGAUGAGGAGCUGGCAUUGAACGAGGCCUGCUUGGAUUCCUAUCAGAGCUUCGACGAGUCACUGAUCGCGUCCCGCACCCGCUCGAAAUGGCCACUCACCAACGUGUCGCUGGGGCUGCUGGAGGCAGAGCUGAAAGCGCCGGACAUCACGGCGGACAUGUACGAACCGGGCGCACAGGAGGACGUGUACUGGCAGAGCUGGAUGAAGGCCGUGAUGAAUGACCUAGAUUUCGAAGAUGAUGAGGAUGAUCCCGAAUACAACUUCUUGGAAGACCUAGACGAGCCGGACAUGGAGGACUUCCGGAAUGACCGGGCCGUGCAGAUCACCAAGAAGGAAGUGAACGAACUGAUGGAGGAGCUCUUUGAGACGUUUCAGGAUGAGAUGGGAGUGCCAGACGUGGAGGAGGAAGUACCAGAAGACGACGUAAAGGAGCAGGUUCUCAGUACCUUCAAUACACCCCAGGCACUGCGGUUUGAGGAGCCGCUGGUGAACAUCCUGACGGAGCAGCACCGUACGGUGAAGGCACAGAUCGAGCAGCUGCGGCAACGCAAGGCUAAGCGGCAGGCUACGGCCACCGAGGCCAAAGCGGCGGCCGGCGGCAGCCAGGAUCCCGAGACCCUGAGUCUGGACCCAGCACAGAAACUUCAGCUGCAGCAGCAAAUGCAGCAGCACAUCCAGCUUCUGUGCCAGGUCCAUCUUCUGACCAGCAUCUGUGAGGGCCUCCGACAAGAGGCGGAUAUGACCAAACUGUUCUUGAACGAGCUGGCCAGCUUUGCGGAGAAGGCCAGUGAGAUUCACUCGGCCCAGGUCCCGGGCUUUCAAUCCUCCUUCUCAGCCUGCAAUCUGAAGGAGGCCCUGUCACUGGUGGAGGAGUUUGAGCAACACGUUAGGCUGCACGUGGAGACUCCGCCACCCAAGGAAGAGGCAAAGAUCAACAGGAAGUGUGACGAGUCCAGCUACUUGCCGAGAGAGCUGGCGUGGAUCCUGGCCACCCGUGGCAUCUUCAUGUACCCAGAGCUACUGCCUCACGUCGCGCUCCAGCCCAGGCAGCCCAAGGACAAAGCCUCCUUCACCAAGGGCGAGGACAACUUGCUGGCCCUGGGUCUGAAGCACUUUGAGGAUACAGACUUCCCCAAGCCACUCAUCAGUCAGUACCUGAUGCCCCCGAAGACCUACCACCAGCUAACUGUCCACAUCAAGAACCUCAGUGUGAGCCGGGCGCCAGACAACGUCGUUAAGCUGUUCAGGAAGAGGAAGGUGCUACCACCCAUGCCCAGCCGGAUUACAGCUGUGCCCCCGGGGGACAUGUGCCCACCCAUCCAGCGAGGGAGUGGUCGGCUGCCCUACUGGCUUCAGAAGAGCCUGCCAGUGAUUCGGAAAUGGAUGGAGCAGAGAGGGGCAGGAGGGAGCCAGGAAGGGGCAGGCGGCAGCCAGGAAGGGGUAGGGGCAGGAGGGAGUCUGGAAGGGGCCGGCGGAAGCCAGGAAGUGGUGGAGGGGAACCAGGAAGGGCUGGACUGGAGCAGUGGUUUCCCACUCCUUAUCCCUGCGGGACUGCUCCUGCAGCUGAGACCUAGGAUUACCCACCUGUCCCGACAGGACCUUCGCCGGCGGAGACACCGUACUCCGGUUGUCAAACCCCCUGUCCCCAUCCACCCAGCACCAGCCAAGGCCUCACCCAGGCAGGCAGGACCCUUCCUCCCAGCCAGGCAGCAGGCCAUCCGUCCCCGCCCUCGCCUCAUCCAGCCGGCUCCAGCACCCUCUUCCACCCUGCACCCGGCUCAGCCUGCCCUACCGCCUUCCUCCUCUUUGCCCUCCUCCUCCUCCCGCAGGAGGCCCUGGGGAAGGCGAGCUUCUGCCCUGGUCACCCGACCGCCUCCUCCCAUCCCUCGGGCCCCUGUCCUCCUGGCUGUCCCCGCUGGUGUGAAGCUGCUGAGUCUGGGGGCAGGCUGCAACGUGAUUCAGUCCUCAGUCACCGCUGGAUACCCGGGGCAGACCCUGCAGGUGGCCACGGUAGUGGUGGGGCCGGCUGCCUUCCCUUGCGGCUUGAACCAUCCCCCUGCCCCGCCAGUCGCCAGCCCCCAGACCACCGAGGCCCUGGACCCCAGUAGGGUGUUUGAGGGUCCAUGGGGGUCUCCUGUGUCCUCCACACCACCUGCUCCGAGCUCCCUCCCCGAGGAGCAAACAGAGGGCCCCUCGGCGAGCUCCCCCCAUGAGGGAGAGGAGAAACCCAGAGCAGAGAGCCCACCCCGGCCUGCUCCCUCUUUUGGACAGACAGAGGGACAGCCACUUAUCCUGGAUCUGGGCCAGGAGCUGGACGUGGGAGCACCACCAGAUAAUGCAACCAUGGAGUGCCCCGGUGAGGGGGGGCAGCCUUUUGCCAGCCCCCCCGAGUUGGGCAAGGCUGAGGAGGAGGAGAUGGAGGAGGAUGAGGAAGUGGGGAGGGGGGAGGAGGAGGAUGAAGGAGAGGAUGGGGGGGAGGAGGAGGAGGAGCGGCUCCCAGAGAAAUCCGAUGACACGCUGAGUGCCGGGGAGUCCUCGGUCAACCUGCAGGAUGGGAAGAGCCAGUCGGAGAAGGCGACGAAAGUGGGGCUGGAGGAGGAGGAGGAUGACGAUUUCGAUGACCUCACCCAGGAUGAGGAAGAUGAAGAAGUCUUGUCCUCGGCUUCUGAAGAGUCGGCUCUCUCUGUCCCAGAGCUACAGGAGACGAUGGAGAAGCUGACCUGGCUGGCUUCCAAGCAGCACCAGGACCAGGAGGGUGACUCAGAGGAAGAGAACUCGCAGGAAGAGAACACAGAGCCCGAGGAGGAGGAGGAGGAAGAGGAGAGCGAGGGGCUGGAGCUGCUGCAGAAGGAGGGCGACCAGGCGGCGGGAGAGGCAGCCUUGAGUGAGAGCAAUGGGUCCCCGUUGUCUUCGGCCGGCCAUGAUGUCCACCCGAGCAGCCGGCUGCCAGGUCAGGGAGCGAAGCUGCCGGGCAGGGGCAGGGCCGGGUGCCGGUCCCGGGCGAGGAGGGGACGCAGGAGAGUCAGCAAGGACUCCUCCAAGCUGCUGCUGCUGUACGAUGAGGACAUCCUCAGCAACGACCCGCUUCGCCAGCAGAAGGACAUGGCCUUUGCUCAGGCCUACCUGACCAAGGUGAGAGAAGCCCUCCAAGAUGUUCCCGGCAAGUAUGAGGAAUUCCUGCGGAUCCUGUACGAUUUUGAGACCAACUGGGACCAGCGGACGGUGGUCGAUCUCUACGGGGACCUGUGCGAGAUCAUCCAGGACUGGCCACAGUUGCUCAAGGACUUUGCUGCCUUCCUGCUCCCCGAGCAGGCUCUUCAGUGUGGGCUGUUCGAGGAGCAGCAGGCGUUCGACAAGAGCCGCAAGUUUCUCCGGCAGCUGGAGAUCUGCUUCGCUGAGAACCCCUCGCAGCUGCAGAAGGUCAUCAAGGCGCUUCAGAACUGCGCAGUGUGCUCGCCACCGGACGUGGCCGAGUUGAAGGUGCAGGUCUGGCAGCUCCUGAAGGGCCAUCACCACCUGCAGGAUGAGUUCUCGCUCUUCUUUGAUCAGCUGCGGCCCCCUGCCAGUCGGAUGAAUGACUUUGAGGAGGUCAACUGGACCGAGGACAAGGAGUACGAGUUCGAUGGGUUCGAAGAGGUUGUGCUCCCGGAUCUGGAGGAGGAAGAGGAGCUGCAGAAAAUGGCCCCACCUCCCAGGAGCAAGCGGCGGAGGGAGGGGCACUCACAUGAGAAGGCUCUGGAACACAAGGCGAAGGGCAAAGACUCAGUGAACACCAGUGUUCCAGAUGACUGGAGCCCCCAGCCCGGACUGAAGGAUUCUGGAAAAGUUGGCGACGCUGUGGAGGAAGACCAAGAAAGGAGGGAGGAGAUGCGAGUGGCCGGCAGCGGGGAGCAGCAGUCGGUACCCACUACAGGUUGGAGCUGGGAGCCAUCCAACAGUGAGGAGGGGCGGUCCCCUGAGGAGACCAGUGAAGGCGAGGAGGGCCCUUUCGAGGGCUCACCCCUUUUGCCGAGAGAAAAAGAACUGUCCUCGGCCUCGGGCAGUCGUGCCUCGGUGAAGUUUGCCUCAGCUGGGGCCCGGCUACGAUAUAGGAACUGCCAGGAGAUGGCCCUGGCGCACAAGGCCCUGCAGGACGGUUGCUCGCAGGGGCUCGGUGAGACGGAGGGGCCGGCGCCCGCAUCUGCAUCCGUCUGUGCCAAGAACACUUGCGUCAACUCCAUCGGUGAGCGUGUGGUGCUGUGGACCAGGGAGGCAGAUCGAGCGAUCCUCACCGCCUGCCAGGAGAAAGGGGCCAACCAGGAAACCUUCAGCUUGGUGGCACAGCAGCUGAUCGGCAAGUCAGCCCAGGAGGUGUCGCAGCGGUUCCGGGAGCUGAUGCGUUUGUUCCACACCUCGGGCGAUACCAGCACAGACGAGGAGGAUGACAGCCUGGCGAACAGUAACCCUGAACAGCAGCAAGCAGACUGGCUGAUCUCAGACGAAGAUCAGGACUGAGCCAGUGGCUCUGCAUUGUUGUUUGGGAGGGUGGAGGAGGUUUCCUGGACUGUUGGACGAAGCGUAUUUCCCAGGGAAUCCAAGCAUAUUUAAUUCUCUUUUGUGCUGUUGUGUCCCUCCUGAGGAUCUCCAAUCCCACUAACCGCCCAGACUGGUCCGUGUUGGAGAGGCUGGGCUGGGUAGGAUGGCGAAGGCCACAGCAUUUCAGCUGUCUUGUGCACCACACGUUGCUUUGUGGGAUGUUCCUCUCCCUGGAACAUCUCAAAUCACGGUUUGCCCAGUCUGCAACCAAGUCAGGUGCUGUCAGUGUUCCCAGGUAAAGGGAAAAAGCACACAUGUGAAGUCUGGGCUUUGACAGACUGUGGCAAGUGUAAUGUUCAAUCAGUUUGUUAAGGCUACCUGUACUGGACAGUCUGGCACUGACUAGUGCAGAUGCUGGAGAGGAUGGAGCCAGUUACACCCUUGGUGAAUCAGGCACACUGGGUCUUGUUUGGUUAUCACCACCUCUUGUCAGCCAAGUGUCUCCUGUAAAUAUGUAUGUGAAGUGUAUCCUUUGUACAAUUUUAAGUUAUAGUGACUGUACAUACAUCAAAACUAGUAGUGCACAACUCCUAUGUAAUUCAAUAAAUCUUUUUCCCUCUGUAGGGUUUCUGCUCUCAAUGGUGUGCCAGCUCUAGGACAGGUUAUACACAGAAAAGCUCCCUCUGCCAAGUACAGGGAGUUGACACAAUGAUUGAUGCUGUCACCAGUUAAUCCAUCCAGUCAAACCCAGUUUAUCCCGCACGUCCCACCAGAGGAUACUGUCCUACAGUGGUCUGUA